GUGCUUUUCAGUUUGUGCUGUUUUCUUAACUCUGGCCUUGAUGUUGGACAUCCUGGACUAAAAAAAUAGUUAGUUCCAUAAACUGUGAACAUUCUAAAAAAAGAAUGCAAGGAGAUGGAUCUGGAUGGAAGAGCAAAAAAGACUCUUCGCCAAAAGGCUUCAGGAAAGGGUCAUCAAGGAAGAAGGGAAGCUUGAGAAGCCGCUUCUCUCUCCAACAAAUUCUCUACAGCCCACUCUUGAACCCACAAAGGAGGCGACUUCUGCAAGGAAAGCAGGAACCUUCACAUCCUCCCCCUACAUUUGAAGAGCAUGCUUCAUCUAAGAAGAGACCGUCUAGAGAUGUGGAAUGGGAAAAUCGGUCAGAUAGAGAAUCAUCUGAUCGCACUUGCACAUUAUCUCCAGCUGAUGUUCAUCCUGUAUAUUUGGAUGCAGACAAGAAGCGUCCACGGUUGAUGGAGUGCCCUCCCCGUUUGCUGGAAUGCCCAUUAUGCCUUGGGCUUGUGAGUAUGGAUGCAUUCUAUUCCCUAACUACUUGUGGCCACAUGGCAUGCAAUCUCUGCAUACGAACAUAUCUCACCAUUGAGAUCUCUGAAGCUCGAAUUCUCCUUUGCUUUGAGUGCCCUGAACUCAUUCAUCCCAAUGAUGUACAGCGUGCUGUCAAAGAUGAUAUCUUGAUAUCAAAAUAUGAGGAAUUCAUGUUGCGAAGAGUCCUUGCUCUUGAUCCUGACACACGGUGGUGCCCAGCACCUGAUUGCACGUUUGCAGUGAUAGCAGCAGGUUGUGCAUCUUGCCCAAAGCUACAUUGUGAACGACCAGGAUGCAACACCUCCUUCUGUUAUCACUGCAAGGCCUAUUGGCACCCAAAUCAAACUUGUGAUAGUGCCCGAGCUGCUCGAUCUCCAAAUUUUCGCACUUCAUCCACAUUCAGCUUCUCAUAUGACCCAUCUGUCCUGAGAGAGCUAGUGAAGGCAUGUCCUCGAUGCCAGGCUCUCAUCAUGAAGCAAGAUGAUGGGUCAUGCAAUCACAUGACUUGUAGUGUAUGUGGCACUGAGUUUUGCUGGCUUUGCAUGAAGGAAAUCUCUGACCUUCACUACUUGAGCCCAUCUGGAUGCACCUUUUGGGGAAAGAAGCCCUGGUCACGGAAGAAGAAGAUCCUCUGGCAAAUUGGGACUUUGAUUGGAGCCCCUAUUGGCAUAGCUCUUGUGGCUGGAAUUGCAGUACCUGCUAUGGUCAUAGGCAUUCCUGUUUGGGUUGGAAGGAAGAUAUACCAGAAGUACAGGCAUUCAAAUAAGCACAAACGGAACCUGGCCAUUUUUGGAGGCGUUUCAUGGGCUGUUGUGAUAUCACCACUCAUGGCUGGGCUUGCUGUUGGGAUUGGUGUCCCAAUUCUGCUUGCCUAUGUCUAUGGAGUAGUACCUGUUUCCCUGUGUCGAGCUGGCAUGUGUGGUGUGUCCACCUCUCCAUCAGGUGUUAAGCUAGACUUUGAUGAAGAAGACCCAUCUGAUGUGCUGGGAACUUUUGGUUCACGUGCUCAUGACACUCAGAGUGUGGAUACUGGACAUCGUGUGGGGAAUCCUUCAAUUGGAGAAGCUUCCAUUGGGCUCUCCUUGAGUCUCAGCAUGGGAGAUGCUUCAAGCAUGCAGACUGCUGAUAGAGAAAGUGCCAGUGUCACUGCUCUUGGUGGUAGCAUUGCUUCCAGUGCUCUACACAACCGGUUAGAGGUCCAGGCAGAUGUGUCAACCACAUAUGAGCCACAUAAGAGGUCCUCAGUCAGUAGCGAGAGCGUAUCAGCUAUUGGAAGUGUGUCAGAUCGUCAUUCAGCCAUUGUAUCUGUGCCAGAAGACAGGGCCAGUAAUGUUGCUUUAGCUGGCUCUGUCCUCUCAUACAAGUUGGUGAAUGAGACUACUAGCCGAACACCUGUGGACAGCUUGAGCAUGAGAAGUGAGGAAACAUCAUUUUCAACUAACAUGCGGUUGGAUUCCAUGAGUGUUAGAAGUGGUGACACUGUUCCGCACCCUCCUUCUUUGAGUCCUGUCUCCAGUUUCUCUGGAGAUGAGAUCCUUGUCAGCUGUGGAAGGAGAAGCACACGUCGCAGGAUUCACAUUCACCGCCAGUUGAGUGAGUCAGCUGGGAGUAUGGGAAGUGGGGAAGGUGAGGGAGAGGAUGGUGUAUCAGAACGUGUACGGUUUGAUGACAAUGUCUCCUUCAUUGAUGAUCAUCCAGUCAUGGAGGAGGAACAAGAGUACCAGUUAGCAGAUCCUGCCCUUCAUACUGUCUAUAUUAGUAACAUCUCUGCCCCUCAGACAGUGAAACUCUAUGUCCCAUUCCUGAGCGAACCCAGCUCACCUGUCGCAGAGGCCAACGAACUCAAGACGUCCUAUUCCUGCUCUGACCUCCAGCAGUCAUCUAAUUGACUUCAGCCUCUUCCAUUUUCCCACCUACCCUUGUCUGUUUUGAUUCAUGAACAGCACAACCCUAGGGAUUGAUGGCUUCUGUUGUAUCUGUAGCAAGAGUCUUAAGUCUCCAUCCCAGAGGAGUUGUCAGAGAUGGUGAUAUGUGGUUGCCAAAUUUAAGCUUGUUUUUUUUUUUUCUUUCUGUCUCUCCUUGCGGUCAUUGCAGGGCAUCUCAUAGCAUUCCCAGCAGUACUUUGCUUGUGUGGAGCUGAGUUCAUCAACCUGGCUCUGUAUAGGAUGCAUGGAAUAGAGCCUCUUCCUGCCAUCAGAUUUAAUUUUUUUUUAAUUCAGCAAAGGAUUCAGAAUUUCCAGGAUUUUCACUUUAUAAUACUAGAAGAAUCUCCUACCAUGAAAAUGCAGCUAAGCAAGAAGUCUGUGGAUUUCUGUGAUUGUGUUCCUACAAAGGUCUGUAUCUUGUCUCUUAGAGUUAUGCAACCUGGAAAGAUGACAUUGAGGCAAAAUUAUUUUCUACCUGUGGUCCUUUUAGAGGCAUUGGUAUCUGAAAGAGGGAAAAGGAAAUGAUAGAAUCAUCCCUCCUCUGUGGUAGUCAUUUGAUGAGCAGCACACUUUCAUAUUUCUGCAUAUUUGAAAGCCUCACUCUGAAAUGAUCACCAUAUGGCUUCUUUACCCGUCAGUCUUCUUUCCUGUUCCAGUGCACUAUGAGUCAUUGCAGUUGAUCAUAGUUCUGUCAAUGCUGACAUAUGCCUAAUAUAUUCAGCAAUUUCAUCCAUACUACUGUAUUCUGGAUGAUGUUAUAAGAACAGUUGGGUAUUCUAGAGACAGCCUGGAAGAAUGAUGACACAUUUUAGAGCAAGAGAUGGUGUUUUAAGAUGCAUAUGGAAUCCAGAUUGAAUAAUAAGUGAACUAAUGGGCUGCUUAACACGGAACCACCCCCAACUGUUUUCCAUGUGUAUGAAUCUAGUUUGUUUCUUUAAUCCUCAGUGGCCCCCAUAUGGUUUUCAUUUGUCUUUGUUAGUGCAAGUUGCUAAAAAAAAAAAUACAGAUUUGAUGCAUUUCCUUGGGAAAAUAACAUGUUCAAAUGCACUAUGGAAGAAUCUUGUCCCAAACUGCCUUAAAUUUGAAAACAACCUGAAGCAUACAGUUCCUCCCUUGAUCUGCAAUAACAUGAAGUUUAAAAGCAAGAUAAGAACACCUACAGGUCCAUUGUGAGAUCCCUUUGUCCAUGGUGCAGUUCUCAUUUCCUUCUCUCUGGUUCCUUUGAGCAUAGAACUUGUAUUAUGAAGUCAAUGGUACUUUGUGGAAGAAGUCUUUUGAUGUGUGUGAGAGUGAAUAAGACCCCACAAUCCAAUUUGGUCAUUGUGAUACUUGCCCUUUCUUUGGAUCAAGGAUGCCAAGCUGGCACAUUUACCAGCAUUAGAUAAGUUCAUUUCUGCUACUGUAAAUAUAGUAUAUGUUAUCCUGUCAAAAGAAGACUAAAAACAGAUUAUUAUUCAUUUUCAAUGGCAGUAAUGUUAUUGAGAGGAUUUUUGCAAUGUGAUCCUGUUAGGAUCAGGUUGCAUCUUUGUUUUCAGACUGGUCUGAUGUCAACAAUGGAGCCCUUUCCAGGGCUAUAGGGAAAUUCAGUAAUAAAUUUCUUUGGGAGCACA